AUGGCAAAUACAAUAGUAAAGCAAUAUACGCGCCUCGCUGCUCUCUGGCCAAGAGACGCCCUGCGCCCCAACCUGCCCUUCACGCGCGCAAUUGACCGCCACGGACAACCCUUUGGCCUGCAGCCCACGACUCCUGUCCCGGAAGACGCCAGCAAAAAGUCGCACUCGCCGCCGCCCGCCGCUACACCAGCACCCUCGUCCCCGCCAGACGCCAAACUCGAGCAAGCCCAGGUCAAUGCCCUCUUCUCGCUGCUCGAAAACAGGUACACCAACAAGUACCCGCUGUCGCCCGCCGUCCUCAAGCCGACCUCUGCCCCUGGCCACUACAUCAAGCUGAUGGAAGAGAUCGAGCGGGCCCCCCAAAAGACAUGGUGGCAGGCCAAGGUCGACGAGUGGAAGAUGAAGAUUCGCUGGUCAUGA